GGGUGAAAGAAUGACAUUUGGGAUGUUUUAUUUUUAAUUGUUGUCAAAUAUCAAAACGGGUUAAAGUUGACACACACAUUUUAAAGAAGUGAUUUGUCUCCAAAAUAUGUCGUGUUGAUGACAUCACGUACCACGCACAUCGAUGUUUGAGUUCUCGCUAACGAUUAACCGAACUGCCGUUUUAGCUCCAAAGUAACACCGAAUGUCAAUAAACGUCCGUCAUUCUGCGAAUACUCCAGACAUGUUGACAUCUGUCGCCAUGACGAUCUCACUACUGCUGCUCAGCGCCGCCCUGGUGGAGAGCAGAGGCGAGGCUCACUCGGCCGCCGCCGGCCGGCCGCCGAUCCCAACGCCAAUCCUACCGCCGAUCCCACCGCCAACGUCUGCCGCCGUGGUGUUCCUGCAGCGCCACUCGGCCGAGGAGAUCCUGCGCUCGACCGCCGCCGCAAGGAGGCGGCGAGCAAAUGCCAUGUUGCUGGAAGAGAUGUUUCCCGGUGACCUGGAGCGAGAAUGCUACGAGGAACGUUGCUCCCAGGAGGAGGCCGCAGAGAUCUUCCAGUCGCAGGAGAAGACGCUCGAGUUCUGGUUCCGGUACACGAACUUGAGUCCGUGCGCCAGCAAUCCCUGCGUGAAUGGUGGGAAGUGCAUGUUGGAGCGCGGAGAUUUCCUCUGCCUGUGCCCGCCCCGAUACCAUGGCAGCACCUGCCACUUGGAGGUGUCAUCGUGCUCCUAUAGAAACGGCGGCUGUCUGCAGUACUGCACGGACCUGCCAGGGGGCACUGCUGUUCAGUGUGGAUGUGCUGACGGCUUCAAGUUGGAGUCUGAUGGACGCAGUUGCUCCAAGACAGUGGCCUUUCCCUGCGGCAUCCAGCAGGCGGCAGUGUUGCAGCGGGGUCGUGCCCUCUGGAACCUCUCGGAUGACGCCAACUUCACGGCAGAGACAGACUUCCUCUUGGAUGACGCCAAUUUCACUGAGGAAAUGGACGCCAUCUUGCACGACGCCAACGUCACCGUGGACACGGACGACAUCUUGGAUAGUGGCCGCCGCAUCCGCUCCAACUAUUCACAACCUACCGGAGAGUCACUCAAUCCUCGCAUUGUGGGAGGAGCCUUGGAGAGACUGGGAGGAAGUCCCUGGCAGGUUCUCAUCCGUCGCGCCGACGGUUAUGGAUUCUGCGGAGGAACUCUGGUGUCGGAUCGCUGGGUGAUCUCGGCCGCGCACUGCUUCCAGCAGACCGCUCAUCACGUCACCAUAGGAGACUACGACAAGCAGCGUCGCGAUCCCGGCGAGCAAAACAUUCCGGUGGAGCGCGUUCUGCCUCAUCCCCACUACCACGAUUUCACCAUGGACAGCGACGUGGCUCUGGUCUACCUGGCCCGGCCUGUCGUCAGGGGGCCCACCGCCAUCCCCGCCUGCUUGCCCGACCCCCACCUGUCCAAAUACCUGCUGAAGGUGGCCGUAAUCACAGACAACAUGUUCUGCGCAGGCUACGUAGAUGCCCCCAUGGACGCGUGCAGCGGGGACAGCGGCGGUCCCUUCGUAGUCAACUACCGGGGAACCUGGUUCCUAACUGGCGUGGUUAGCUGGGGCGAGCGCUGCGCCGCCAAAGGCAAAUAUGGCGUCUUUACACGUUUGGGAAACUUCCUGAGCUGGAUCAGGACCACGAUGGAGAAGGUGGACCGCAACGCUACGCUCAGCUGAGCCUGAUCUUCUUUCCUGGGCUGGAUGGAGGAAGUGGGCCGCGGCAAAUAUGUGUGUUGUGCUUGUGGAUGUGUGUACAGUGACCGAACGAUUACGGUAUUUUAAGACGUUUCAGUAUGACUCUAAUUACAAGAACAGGAAUGCAAAUUUAUGCUAAUUUACUGAGUUGUUGGGGCGCUAUAAUGUUCAAUUUGGGCGCGCUGUGACUUCAGAGGGCGCGACGCAUCCAAUAGGAGAGGGGUCGGCGGAGUGAUUUCAAAAUGUUGACAGCAAUAGGCCAACCAAUGGUAAAAGCAUCCAUCCACGCUACUUCUUGAUAGGCUGCUACGUAACCACCAAAUAUGGGCAAGCUUACCGCUGUUGCCGUUAGAAACCAAAGUGUGGGCAAUCGUUGAACUCACUGCGCUCCUCCGUAUUGGUUAAAUUCACGUCACAAUGUCCAUGGACGCCCUGUUGUUUCUAUUCCCGGCGUUGCUUUGCGUUAGUUCGAGACAGUUUUUGGUCUUUUCGGCCUUCUGGCUUGUAGGCUGUUCCGAUCAUCUGAUCAUAUCCUGAAAA